CCUGUCCCGGCGGUGCCGGUCCCCUUGGGCGGUCCAGGGCGGCCAUGAGGAAGCAGAGCGUGCGCACGGCCGCGCUCGUCCUGUGCAUGCUGUCCUACCUGCUCGUGGGCGCCGCGGUCUUCGACGCGCUCGAGUCCGAGGCCGAGCGCGGCCGGCAGCAACUGCUGGCCCAGAAGCGCGGCGAGUUGCGGAGGAAGUACGGCUUCUCGGCCGAGGACGACCGCGAGCUGGAGCGCCUGGCGCGGCAGGCCGAGGCGCACCGCGCCGGCCGCCAGUGGCAGUUCGCGGGCUCCUUCUACUUCGCCAUCACCGUCAUCACCACCAUCGGGUACGGCCACGCCGCGCCAGGCACGGACUCGGGCAAGUUCUUCUGCAUGUUCUAUGCGCUCCUGGGCAUCCCCCUGACGCUGGUCACCUUCCAGAGCCUGGGCGAGCGGCUGAACGCGCUGGUGCGGCGCCUCCUGCUGGCGGCCAAACACUGCCUGGGCCUGCGGCAGCCGCGCGUGUCCACCGAGAACAUGGUGGUGGCCGGGCUGCUGGUGUGCACCGCUACCCUGGCCCUCGGGGCCGCCACCUUCGCGCACUUCGAGGGCUGGACCUUCUUCCACGCCUACUACUACUGCUUCAUCACCCUCACCACCAUCGGCUUCGGCGACUUCGUGGCGCUGCAGAGUGAUGAGGCAUUGCAGAGGAAGCCGCCCUACGUGGCCUUCAGCUUCCUCUAUAUCCUGCUAGGGCUCACGGUCAUCGGAGCCUUCCUCAACCUCGUGGUCCUGCGCUUCCUCGCCAGCGCGGAGGCGCCCGAGCGCGCUGCCCGCCGCGCCAGCCUGUCCCACCAGGGGGCGCCCGAGAGCCGCGGCCUAGACCGGCCCCACCUCACACCAGGUGCCCGGGCCGCCACCUGUGCCACCCAUCGCAUCCUCAGGCUGCAGAUGCAGGCCUGUGACAAUCCGGGCUUCUCCCCGCCUUGGAGUCCCACUGCCGAACACGGUGGCAGGACAGACAGGACCCGCGCCCGACGGAAGUCCAUCUGAUCCAGCCGUAGCUGGCCCGGGCUCCAGAUGGAUGGCAGCGUCUGGUUUCACCUAUCACGGCACCACCCCAGGGCCCAGAGAGGGAUGGGGCCUCAGGAUUGUCUUCCGGCAUGAGCAUCUUCUGCGGCUCGGCGUCUUCCUCCCCGCCCCUCCAGAAAUAUACCCAUGCUGUAUCAUAAGCACAAGUCAGACGCUACAGUCACCCUGUAGGUGCAAAUCCCUCCUAGUCCAAACUGUAGGACAGCCGGGCACACCCGCCCCAGGAGAGGGCCGCACAGGUGCACGCCAGCAGCCCACUCGUCAGACAGGUGGCUGUCUCCGUUGUGACGAGGCGGGGGAAAUGUACAGCUCUGGAAUCCUCCAUGGAGGCCAGAUGAUCACACUAGAAAUGGGCAGAGACGGACGGAGGGGAGCUGUCCACCAUCCAUACAGCCCACCCCCGCCCCGUGCAAACCACCCGUCCUCUUCCCCCAGCAUGGAGAGCUCACUUGGCCAUGUGUGAAUGAUUCUCCCACUUUUUUCCCUGGCCAGCCCCACUUCCGGGUCCAGGGGGCUUUGCUGACAGUCCUUGAGGCAGCCCUGUGCCGUGGGUCCUGCGUAUCAACAGCAGUGUCGCCCUCGGGCUCUUCACGCGCUACCUGGGCCUGUUUCCACAUCAGUAUGAUGAGUGGGGUUCCUCCAGUGCCCUGCGCCCUGUGGUGCAUUUCUGGCAGGACUUUCCAGGACAGGCUGCUGCCCCAUAAGGGAGUACU